UCUCGAGAAAGUUAGUUUCACAGCACUCGUAACUUCUUCUCUAGGUCUUCCAUGGCGAAUCCACAGAUCGUAAUGCUUGUGAUCCAAUCAUCUCGUCCACGUUUUCGCAACGACAGCGACAAAGUAGCCUUCGUAGUCCACGCUACUUUCGUCGCCUCCGGUUACAAACUCGUCGCAAUCGGACGUCCUGCGUUGGCUAAAGACGCUCUCGCUUCCUCUCCUACUCAAUGUGAGGUUGGGAUCGAGGGAUGGAACGAGUCCGACGAGUACGCGUUUGUUUACGUGGAUCCGAAGAAAGGAUCGAGGAAAGUUUUGGUUAAGUGUUUGGCGAUAGAUGGUGGUAAGCUUCUUGUUGAUGCCGUAGCUGACGGUGUAACAGAGCCUGCUCAUCUCAAGAUAAGAGUUAAGGAGUAUGUUGCUGAAUCUAGAGUGGAGAGUGAUUACGAUGCACAGUUCAAGAAUUUGGACGAGUUAGUCACUAAGUUGCAGAAUCAUAUCCUGGAUAAGCUUGAUGGAGGACUUGGACCUCUUGCUUAUACGACCUGGACCAGUUCCAAGAGAGAGAAAGAGCCUGAGCCUGAGCCUUUAUAUUACCCACGAGGGCCUUUUCCAUUAGGCCCUCCGUUUCAUCGUCCCUCAGGGGUGGUAGUGGUCGAUCGCCCGGAUUACAGCGGUCUUAUCCCCGGCCCGCCUGCUGGAACUUUCCCGGUGGUCAGGGAUGGUUUUGGCGAUGGAAACAUGCUUGUUGGACCACAUGAUCUUGGCAUGCUCCACAGAGUUCGUGAUCAGAUUCAGCUUGGCUUCAUGGGAUAUUCACAACCGACUGUUCCACCUCAUGGUGCUCUUUAUGAUCCUAUUGGCCCAAUUUUUGAGACUGGCCGAUCCGGGAGGCAAUCUCCAAGGAGCAGCCGAGGGGAUAUUCAUCCUGAUCUUCAGCAUUGUCCCCGCGGUUUUGGUUCAGAUUAUAUGUAGGUCAAAAGUAAAGCCAGCUCUAAAAGAAACAGAGGAAAUAGUGGUCAUGGUUCAAGGCACUGAAGGUAGUGGAGUGAGCACUUGAGUGAGAAAGGAGUAGUGUUCUUACCAACAACAGAAGUUUCCAGGUGUUGAUGUCCGAGAGAUCACUGAACAAACAUUUUCUAUUUUUUAUUUUGAUUAUCAAAUCGGAUGGUAGGUUUGUGGGAGCUGUGUCAUCGCCGACCUGUAGCUUUUGAAUU